AUGCUCUUUGCCGGGUUUGAUCUCCUCUCGGCGCUGGCCACCCUCGCCGCCUGCCUGGUGUCGCUGACUCUGCUGCUGGCCGUGUCCCAACAGCUGUGGCAGCUCCGCUGGGCCGCCACCCGCGACAAAACCUGCAAGCUGCCCAUCCCCAAGGGCUCUAUGGGAUUCCCUUUAGUCGGAGAAACCUUCCACUGGCUCCUGCAGGGCUCCUGCUUCCAGUCUUCCCGGCGGGAGAAGUACGGGAACGUUUUCAAGACGCACUUGCUGGGGCGGCCGCUGGUGCGGGUGACGGGCGCGGAGAACGUGCGGAAGAUCUUGAUGGGGGAGCACCACCUGGUGAGCACCGAGUGGCCGCGCAGCACCCGCAUGCUGCUGGGGCCCAACACCGUGGCCAACUCCAUCGGCGACAUCCACCGCCACAAGAGGAAGGUUUUCUCCAAAAUCUUCAGCCAUGAGGCGCUCGAGAGCUAUCUCCCCAAGAUCCAGCUGGUGAUCAAAGACACCCUUCGGGCCUGGAGCAGCAACCCUGAGUCCAUCAACGUCUACCACGAGACCCAGAAGCUCACCUUCCGCAUGGCCAUCCGUGUCCUGCUGGGCUUCCGCAUCCCUGAUGAGGAGCUCAACCGCCUCUUUGACGUCUACCAGCAGUUCGUGGAGAACGUCUUCUCCUUGCCCGUGGAUCUGCCCUUCAGCGGCUACAGGAGGGGCAUCCGGGCACGUGAGACGCUGCAGAAGGGGCUGGAGAAAGCCAUUCAGGAGAAACUGCAGAACACACAGGGCAAGGACUAUGCCGAUGCGCUGGACAUCCUGAUAGAGAGCGGCAAAGAGCAUGGCAAGGAGCUCACCAUGCAGGAGCUGAAGGAUGGCACCCUGGAGCUCAUCUUCGCCGCCUACGCCACCACCGCCAGCGCCAGCACCUCUCUGAUCAUGCAGCUCCUCAAACACCCCCGGGUCCUGGAGAAGAUGCGGGAGGAGCUGCGCAGCAAGGGCAUCCUCCACAACGGCUGCAUCUGCGAGGGCUCCCUCCGGCUCGACAACAUCAACAGCCUCCACUACCUGGACUGUGUCAUCAAGGAGGUGCUUCGCCUCUUCACCCCCAUCUCCGGGGGGUACCGGACGGUGCUGCAAACCUUCGAGCUGGAUGGUUUCCAAAUCCCCAAAGGCUGGAGCGUCAUGUACAGCAUCCGGGACACCCACGACACCGCCCCCGUCUUCAAGGACGUGGAUGCCUUCGACCCCGACCGCUUCGGGCAGGGUCGAAGCGAAGACAAGGAUGGCAGGUUCCACUACCUCCCCUUUGGAGGAGGCGUACGGACCUGUCUGGGCAAGCACCUGGCCAAGCUCUUCCUCAAGGCACUGGCCAUCGAGUUGGCCAGCACCAGCCGCUUCGAGCUCGCCACCAGGACUUUCCCUAAAAUCACCCUGGUGCCCGUGGUCCACCCAGUCGACGGACUCAAGGUCAAAUUUUUCGGACUGGAUUCCAACCAGAACGAGAUCCUGACGGGGACAGAUGCCAUGCUGGGGGCGACGGUGUAA